AUGACCACAAGGGCAACUGGGACACAGCGGGGCGGUAGCAGUGGCGGGAGAAGCAGCCGAAGCCGCCGCAGUCAGCGGGAGCACAUUUUCAUUCCCUGGGAAAAUGACACCGACACCAGCCAUGCCAAGCCUGGCGUCGAGCGGAACCCAGCCAAACCCGCCAACCAACUCGUAGAGCCCCAUGUUGCGCAACGCCUCCUUCCACGCAGUCGCAGCGGGGCGGAGCCGAGAGCCGGACGAGCGAAGCGAGCAAAGUACUUACCUCUUAACCUGCUCAACGUCUCGUUCCGCCUGUGCCUUUUCUUCCCACCCUUGUUUGCCUCGUGGAAUCCCCGUACCUGGCAAUACUUUUGCCCUUCCAGCUCUCAAUACACCUUAGCGCCCACCUGCGUCGAGGCCAAGCUCCACCGAAAGAAGGCGACCCGCUAGCUGAGCUAGCGCUGCAGCCCUGCUAUGGGCACCUACACCUACACCAGUCGGCCCCGGGCCCUGCCCUGCCAGCGCCGCCGGUACCGGGACAACCUGUUGCAGCCAGCGGAGGAACCUAUGCGUUUUGGAAACAUCAUGUAUGACAGAAGGGUGAUCCGAGGCAACACCUAUGCUCUGCAGACAUUGUCGCUGGCGGGGCAGCAGGAAGCCAUGGAGCUGCAGAGGCAGCAGCAGAUGAAGAGGAGGGCCCUGGCCAGGAAGCGAGCCCGCGAACAGCUCCGACCACGUACCCCCGAGCCUGUGGAAGGCAGAAAACACAUGGACGUGCAAACAGAACUGUACCUUGAGGAGAUAGCAGACCGCAUAAUAGAAGUUGACAUGGAAUGCCAGACAGAUGCGUUUUUGGACAGACCACCAACACCCCUCUUCAUUCCUGCCAAAACUGGCAAAGACAUGGCCACGCAAAUACUAGAAGGAGAGCUCUUCGACUUUGAUCUUGAAGUGAAGCCAAUGCUCGAAGUUCUGGUGGGAAAGACCAUCGAGCAGGCUCUCCUGGAGGUCAUGGAGGAGGAGGAGCUGGCCAACCUGAGGGCCAGUCAGUGCGCAUACCAGGAAUUACGGAACGUGGAGCUCUGCGAAGUUCAGCGCCUGGAAGAGCAAGAGAGACGUCACCAAGAAGAAAAAGAGCGCCGUAAGCAGCAGCAGUGGGAAAUCGUGCACAAGCAUAACGAGACUGCGCAAAAGAUCGCUGCGCGAGCCUUCGCUCAACGCUACCUGGCUGACCUGCUUCCCUCCGUGUUCGGCAGCCUCCGGGAUGGUGGCUACUUCUAUGAUCCCAUUGAAAGAGUGUUGAUCCGUGAGGUGGUUGAGAAGAGAAUGGAUAUGUUUGAGCACAAGGAGCCCAAGUACAUACCCCUGGAGUACACAGAUGAUCCAGGUGGCUCUGGGGCCACACAAGGGACACUAGGCUACUAUGAUCUCCAGGUAGCAAACACCUCCCAGGCCCACAGGCUCCUGGCGGACAGAGAGUACCCGUCAAGAGGAGGCUAUGAGGGAAGGUACAUGGAGAGAGGGCUGUACCAAGACGGGAGAGGUGCGGAGGAAGCUGACUACACCGGACCCGGCGUCUCCACAGACAUGAGACAGCCCUCGGGGAAGGAAGAGCUGCCCCAGCUGUGA